ACGACUGCUGCUUCUCUGCACUCUUCCUUAAAGGAGCUGCCUUCCUCCGAGAGGCGUCCUCCGGUCGUGCGGGGUAGAAUAGCCCCCUCGGCUUCACCCGCCCCACGUCCAUGGGCUGCGGCGGUUUAGUGCAGCUGGAGUGCGCCAGGUGGCGGACGCCGACUGAUGAGGGUUUGUUGAGCGUUUGAUUCGUAGAAUGGAUCCCCAGGUAAAUUUCAGUGUGAACUUCCAAGGUAACACCUUGACCUUCCUUGUAUCAUCUAAAACCACAUGGGCUGAUAUGGAAGCCAUGGUGAAAGUCUCAUUUGAACUGAAUAAUAUCCAGAUCAAAUACAUAGAUGAGGACCAUGAUGAGGUAUCCAUCAACACUGCAGAGGAAUAUCAAGAGGCUGUUAAGAUUGCAAUGAAACAAGGCAGUCGGCUCCAGAUGAAUGUCUAUGAAUUAAGAGUUCCUUCAGGGAUGUCUUCAAGACUGAUAUUUGGGAGAUCUGAGGAACUGUUUGUUCCAGAAGUUAAAAAGAAGGCUCCAAUUGCUCCAACACUGAUAAAAGACAAAGAUACUAAAAGAAAGAAUAAAAGAAUACAGAGUGAGCGCCUUCUCAGUGAGGUCCCUCCUGAGUGGUUUACAAGCUACUUGGAAAAGUUCCGGGAGCAAGUUGUUCAAGACACUGUUAAAAUGCUGGAACAGAAGUUGAAUGACAAGCUGCUUCUUACCAACCAGCUUCCAAAGUCCAUGAACACUUCAAGACACCAAACUCCUGCAAGUUCCUUGGUGCAAGGCAAUUCCUAUGACUGGUUGCUUUCCUGUAAUAAUUGUCAAAAGCCCAUAGUGGGGAUUCGCUACCAGUGCAGUGUUUGCCCAACCUAUAACAUCUGUGAAUUGUGUGAAGCAGGAUUAUAUUUCCAUGACCCUAACCAUGUCUUUCUAAAACUGCGGAGGCCCACUUGGCAUAUUUCAGACACACAGAGUCUUGGACAGCGAUCAUCAUCUCUUGUCACUUCAGAGCAAGUCAGAUUCCAGAUGGACAAGAAUUUCUUGAAAGCAGAGAAGCAGCGUUUACGAGGAGAAAAGAAGCAGCGUAAAGCUGAAGCACGGGAACUCAAGAAGCAACUUAAAUUGCAUCAGAAGUUUAAUCUAUGGAACUCAGUUCAUGCUCUUGACCACCGUGGUUUGGCAGCUGCAAAAUCUGAGAGGCUACAAUCUAGUACACUACUUUCUCUGCAGCGAUGUCCAGUUGUUUCCACACUGAGUGCAGCCUUUGUAGAUGAGAAUUUACCAGAUGGAAGUCAUCUUCCACCAAAGAUUAUCUUCAUGAAGCAUUGGCGUAUGAGGAACACAGGCAAUAUGGCAUGGAGCUCAGAUACCAAGCUAAAAUUCAUGUGGGGAAACAUAACUCUUAUGUCUUCUGAAAAAAAAGAUGUGAUUGUGCCUUCCCUACUUCCUGGGGAAGAGGGUUUUGUCUCAGUGGAGUUUGAAGCCCCAGCAACGGAAGGAACCUAUACAUCCCACUGGAGGUUAUCACAUAAAGGAGAACAAUUUGGACCCCGGAUCUGGUGCAGUAUUGUGGUUGACUCCUCUUCUUCCACAAUUUCCAAUCUUUCUGACCAUGGCAGAUUGAUGCCUAGCUGUUGCCAGAAUAGUAGAUCUCUUUACAAAGAAGAGGAAAGAGCUUCAGAAUUUAAGGGGGAAGUAAGUUUGGCCAACCGAGUUGCAUCAUCAAAGAUGAAAAAAAUCCUCAAUGCUAGAGAGUUUUACAUCCCAUCACUUGAUCUUCUCACAGCUCAGGAUUUGCUCUCCUUUGAAUUGCUAGAUAUUAACAUAGUGCAAGAAUUGGAACAGGUCCCUCAUAAUACUCCUGUUGAUUCCAUACAAGGUCCAAGCCCAUACAAAAUCCAUGAGUGCACUUCUCUGCCAAAAACAACUGUCUUAGAUCAGAAACAAGAAGAGAAUGAGAGAAUCACAUAUAAAUUACUGUCUGAUGCUCAAGUCAGCAAAGGGAAGGCUGAAAAUUCAGGAAACCAAGAAGAAGGAGAGGAAGACAUGAGUGGGACCCAGUUUGUAUGUGAAACAGUCAUUCGUUCUCUCACCUUAGAUGCUGCACCUGACCAUCAGCCCCCACAAAAAAAGAAGUCUUUUCACAAUUCUUUGCAAACACUAUCUGAUAUUGCCCACUGCAGCACAGAGAACAAUGAUUCCAUUAACCCUGUUUCUGUAUCAGAGGAACUACAGGACACAGUACCAACUUCUGAAUUUGAAAACCUCCCAGUGCAAGAUGGUGAAGAAUCAAAUAUAGAAGCUGACAAUGAUACUCAGGAUGAAUUCAGCAGUCAGGCAUCUUCUCUUUCUGAAGAUUUUAUCAUUGUUCUUCCGGAAUGUUUUGAUACCAGUCGUCCUCUGGGCGAGUCAAUGUACAGUUCAGCGCUCUCUCAGUCAAAUUUAGAAAAUGUUACCAUGGCUCCAGCAAAUCCUGAAGAAAGCCACACAUCAAUGAAUAGCACCAGUGAUAUGUUGAUUACAUCUCAGACCCUUGAUGAAGUGUCACUGACUCCUCAGAGUGGGGAACCACGGCUAAUAAGAUUUCGGGCUCUUUCUGAGAGUUCCCAAGAAGCAAGCGAGGAAGCCCUGUUGGUUCCUGUCCAAAUGAGAGAAGAAUUACAGAGAUAUGAGUCUGAGGUUUCAUCUCCAGAAAAUAUAAAUAACCCAUCAAUGUAUCCUGAAUCAUCUAGACAUAGCCCGGGAAAUAGCCUUGCUGGUGGCCUGGUGAAAGGGGCCUUAUCAGUGGCUGCCUCAGCUUACAAGGCAUUGUUUGUUGGGCAAGCCCCCAUGGAUCAGGCUGUUUCUGUAACCAGUGAAAAUCAAAUGGCUUCAUUUCUGACUCACCUACAUGAAAUGGGCUUCUGUGACAGACAUCUUAAUCUCCAUCUGUUGCAGAAACAUAAAUGUGACAUGAAUCUUGUUGUCACUGAGUUGCUGAAGCUGAAUCAGGGUGAUUGGUAUGGGAACCCAUACUGAACCUUUUUCACUUGUGCAUUAAAAAACGUAGUAGCAACUGGCACCAGCAGCUUCUAGCUCCCUUCUGUCAUAAGCAGAGCCAAGAUGGCUUCACUUUUAUUUUUCAGUACAUUAUAAUUCCUACCAUCUCUAUUAUCCUACAGCUCAGGCAUUAGAGUAUCUUUUAUUUUAAAAUGUUUUUCCCCAGAUUGGUGAAUGCCAGAUUGUAGAUAGGAGAAAAGAAGUGAUUAUGCUCCAGAAAUAUAAGUGGAGUUAGCAGCCAACAUAGGCUGUUUGUUUUCUAAUUUACUUCUCUUCUGGUUAAGCAAUACUUUUAUCCCACAUUUAAUGUUGUGUGUUUUGCAAGACACUGACAUUAUCUGAAAACUAUGUCCUCAUUAGGAAGAUUCCAUGAAAACCCCACAAUUCCAUAUUUUUCUGGUUAUUUCCCUGUUAGAAGCAGAACAAUUGGUAAUGUCAAUAAAAAUACUAAAGGUGUAGCUGUUUAUACUCCAUAAUUCUUUAGAGACAAAAUAUGCUCAAGCUAUUUGAAGGGUAGAUAAUCAAGACAAAUCUGUUUAAAAAAUUAUUUUUGUAGACUUUUACCAGCCAGCAGUGUUCGAUAGCAGUAAAUACUGCUCUCACAAGUAGUAUUCCUGAUUUCUCUACCCAGAUGUUAGAUCAAUUUGAAGUCCUUAAAAAAGCAAUAGUUUAAUAAAUCUUCAGCUUAAUUAUAUAGUGAUUAAUUAAAUACCUGAUAGAAAUUUUUGCCUAAUAUGUAAAAGAAAGAAAAAGACAAAAAUAUGAAUGAAUGAUAUUUAAGGAAAAUAACUUCCUGUAUCUCCAUUAAUCAAAAUAGAGGACUCAAGAAUCUGUGGGGAAUUUCUGCCCAUACCCGGAAAUAAAUACUGUAAGGAUUUGAUCCUAAACAGUUUACACUUUUUGAUUUGACUCUCAGGUGUUCCUUUGAUUUUUUUCAUAUAGGAUGAAAGGAAUGUCUUUUCAUAAAGCAUGCAAACAGUAAUGGGAUGUACACAAGUAUAGCUUUUCUGUGAUUUUGGUAGGAAAAUAGUUAAUGAUUGCAAGAGUUUGAAAUGAGAAACGCAGAUUGAGGAGCUGAGGACAAGCUGCUUGUGCUAUGUACUGCUUAUUUAAUAUGUAUACAAACUGAAUAUUGGAAGAGUUUAGAUUUGCAACUUCUCUUGGGCUGAUGGGGAAAACCUUUAAAUUACUAGGUAGAUCUUCAUAUUUUUUUCAAUUACUUUAUUUUGAAUUACUUCAAUCAACUAACUUCUUGUUGGCCCUGAUGAAGAAAGCUUUCUUCUUAUGUUUCAUAAAAGGUGACAUUUUCUUCUAUUGGCUUUGUAUGUUUUAUAAGAAGUUGCAUGAUUGAUAAUUUAAACAAUACUGAUAUUAAGAUAUUGUUUAUUGCUUAGAUUAAGCACCAUGAUCUUUGAGUUGAAAAAUAAAUAUUAAAAAUGCACACUA